GCAACGAGCCUCAAGAGCAGCGUGGAAACAAAGUCAGUGUGUUGCCAGCGGAAAAAUUACGUCACAAUCAGCAUAUCAUGGGUUCAACAUUGGUCGAGCAGCAUCUUCCCUCGGCUACACACAGCACUCGGCCAUAUCAAUCAGCAGUGGCUCAGUCAGCUCAAUCGCUUCGAGUCUCGCAGCGACUCCAUCAAUCGGCGGGCAAGGAAUCAGUGGACUCAAUGGCGCUAGACCCAUCGCAACAGCCACAGCUCGCAACACCCUCCCCAGAAAGUAGUUCUACUUCCACCAAUUCAGGUUCAGGAUCAUCGAAGAGUGCUGAUACUGUCAAACGGGGUAUAUCACCAACAUUUCUCACAUCAUCAUUGUCAAGUAGUAAAAUUAGAGAUAGCAAUAGUAGUUUUGCAAUCAAUACGAGUAAUAAUUUGGAUGGAGUUGCUGACACAAAAGAAUCUUACACACGUGGAAAAAAUACCAAUACUACUAGCUCUAAAAAUGUUUUAUUCGCAACAGACGCUGACAAAUCGCCUUCUUCAUUUGCGUCAAACGAGCUAACCAAUUUCAUUAAUUUAAAUGCAAUUCAACCAACUUCAACAUCAACACUAAUAAAACAAACAUUAUCACCAUUAGUACAUCAUCGAAAGACGAAUAACGCAUCAAACAUUCUGAAUGAAUCGAAAAAUGCCGCCAAUCAACUAAAGACAAAACUAAAAACUGGUUCGACCUCUAUAAAGAAUUAUCAUCUUUCAUCAAAUACAUUUAUUAUGGAUAAUAAUGAUGAUGAUGGUGGUAGUGGUGGAGGUAUUCAUGAUGAUAAUGAUGAUAGAAGCAAUUUUCUAUUAUCAGCGUCGACCAACACAUCAAAUACAACGAUUAAAAAAACAUUAUCGCCAUCUAAAUCGCUAAUUAAUCACACAAACAUGUUACCAUCACAAGUAGCUAGAAGUAAUAAUAUUCAGUAUCAGUUUGAAUCAAAUUGUUUGCCCAAGAAUAAGGCAAACAAUAUUGCAAGCCCAGGAAGUACGUUAUUCAAUGCAUUAAGUUCUAUUUCGGCGUCUAAUGCACCAGUGACUUUAUCAAGCCAAACAAGUAUAGCGAUUCCAGCAUCAACAACAGCUACCAUUUCUAACAAUAGUUAUCCAAGCAACAAUAUCUAUGGAACACUACCAAAAACAACAAAUCCAAGCUCGAGCGGCACAAUAUACGGAAAUGUAACCGCCGUAGCAAAUGAGUUUGAACAAUUGAUUGCGCGUAAUGCAUGCAAUAAUACUAUUACAAAUACAACGACCAACCAUACCAAUUAUCACACCUUGGGCUCAUAUCGAAUCCAGUACUCCUCAACAAACCCGUUUCUGAAUAAUUUUAAUUCCAAAUCCUCAGAGUAAUUCAGACUAUACAGUGUAUAGUAUACACACUCAAAUCUGUCAUUUCAAAAUUAGUCAUUUAUAUGUUAUGUAAAUAAACCGUC